UUUUUCUUUUUCUUUUUUGCCCUGCGGGCUUAAGACUCAGGGAACUCACUCAUGGCUUUCUUGAUGAAGAAGAAGAAAUUCAAAUUCCAAACCACUUUCACCCUGGAGGAGCUGACUGCGGUCCCCUUCGUGAACGGGGUCCUCUUUUGCAAAGUCCGGCUGCUGGAUGGCGGGGAUUUUGUCAGUUUGUCGUCCAGGGAGGAGGUACAGGAGAAUUGUGUACGGUGGCGGAAGAGGUUCACCUUUGUGUGUAAGAUGAGUGCCAAUCCUGCCACAGGCCUGCUGGACCCCUGCAUCUUUCGAGUGUCUGUGCGCAAGGAGCUGAAAGGCGGGAAGGCUUAUUCUAAGCUGGGUUUCACUGAUUUGAACCUGGCUGAGUUUGCAGGCUCAGGUUCCACCGUGCGCUGCUGCCUAUUGGAGGGGUAUGACACCAAGAACACUCGCCAGGACAACUCCAUUCUCAAGGUCACCAUUGGCAUGUUCCUACUCUCUGGAGACCCUUGUUUUAAGACGCCACCAUCUACUGCCAAGUCCAUCUCCAUCCCGGGUCAGGACUCAUCCCUGCAGCUGACCUGUAAAGGUGGUGGGACCAGCAUCGGUGGUAGCGGUAGCACCAGUUCUCUGACUGGGUCCCGGCCCCCCAAGGCUCGGCCCACCAUCCUGGGUUCAGGACUGCCAGAGGAGCCAGACCAGAGCCUGUCCAGUCCUGAGGAAGUGUUCCACUCUGGCCAUUCCCGAAACUCCAGCUAUGCCAGCCAGCAGUCCAAGCUAUCUGGUUACAGCACUGAGCACUCUCGCUCCUCCAGCCUGUCUGACUUGACACACCGCAGAAACACGUCUACUAGUAGCAGUACCUCUGGUGGCCUCAGCAUGGCUGUAGAGGGCCCUGAGGGCAUUGACAGGGAGCACCGACCCCCUGAGAAGCCACCUCGGCCUCCUGAGAAGCCACCACGACCCCCACGGCCCCUGCAUCUGUCAGACCGCUCAUUCCGGCGAAAGAAGGACUCAGUGGAGAGCCAUCCAACCUGGGUGGAUGAUACUCGCAUAGAUGCAGAUGACAUUGUGGAGAAGAUCAUGCAGAGCCAGGACUUCACUGAUGGCAGCAACACUGAGGACAGUAACCUUCGGCUGUUUGUGAGCCGUGAUGGCUCCACCACACUGAGUGGCAUUCAGCUGGCCAACAGAGUCUCCUCUGGAGUCUAUGAGCCAGUCGUGAUUGAGAGCCAUUGAGGGACCAGGUGCCCGGCUGAAGAAGGACCCUGCCGUCUCUGCCACCCAGGCCAGCAGCGUUCCUAGAGGAGCAGGAACCUGCCUUUCAGAUCUGCUCUGCAUUGCAUUUGUGCCUCAUCGUACUCUAGCCACACCAGCCCCCCAGAGCAUCAUUCCAUUGUCUUUCCAUCCACCCUGGAACCGCUGGUCCUGGGUGCCACUGUGAAUAUUAUCCUCAACCACUAGAAAAUGAGGCAAGAUGGAGCUGGCCAGGCAUGCUCAGACUAGAGAGGACAUGGGCCCAGCAAAGGAUACACAGCUACUCCUUCAUGUUGGGGUGCUUGUGGCUGCCUCCCCUCCCAGACUCACUUACUUCAGGAGCAACAGCUUCAGCCAGGCUAACAAAGCUCUUGCUCCUUUGCCCUUGCCCUUCAGGAGCUGGACCACCCCCAGAGUCCUGCCACUUUUGACUCUCUGCUUAGUGCUUCAGCUGUCCUUUAUAUCCUGAGGAGACCUGCUGGCAGCCUUCUCCUAGGAGCCGAGACCUCACACCCCACCUCCCUCAUCAAAUGUUCUGCUGCUCUGUAGCCUGCACUUUGCACAUGCUUGUCCCCAGCACAGCCAUUGGCCCUUGCCCGUCUCCAGUACCCCUGGGUGCUGUCUGCUGUGCAACCAAACCUAGGGUACAGUAGCCUGGCUGGAACGUGGCAUUGUCCCUUCCCUCUAAUUAUCCCCAGCUCAGACCCAAGACUAGAACCUAGAAAGGCCUGAGCAUCAUGGUGCCAUCUGCCCAGGGCUGGGACCUGAGCAGCUGGCCUUCCUGCAGGAAAGGAAGGGUGGGGCCCAGCUGUGCUGGGUAAGCGAAGGCCUCUUCCUUCUGCUCUCAUGUCAGCAGGCCUGGGCUGGGUUCCAGGCUGGAGAGGCAGUCAGCCAGGUGGGCUGUGACUAGAUGGACUGGAGCUGGCUUACUGCCAGAUAAGCCUCAGCCCUUCUCUGGGCAAGGGGCAUGCUUUCCCUGGGGAGUCUGGUCCUGUGCCCUGCCCUACCCAGGCCUUCCCCUUACUUCCCACCUUCUUGAUAGAGCCCCAACCCCAGCACUUUUUGUCUGUCCUGUACUUUGCUUAAAGGAGGGCACUGGCUGCCAUUCUGCCCUGGAUAAACUCUCACCCCUUUAAGCUUCACUCAUUUUGUAUCAACCCAGCAGGCUGGCGUUUCCUUAGCUCCAUUUAGGUGUUUUCCUUUUCCUCCUGAGUUCACAGUUCUGUAUUCCCUCCUCCCCCCAGCAAGGGGAGGUAGGUGCCUCUAUUCACCACUCCACCUGCAUCUCAGCAGGGCUGGGGACAGGGCGGUAUGGGACAGGUUCUAUUGGGGGGGUGGGAUAGCUGGACUCCCCAGGUCGGGAGGUUCCUUGCCCAGUUUCUGUCUUCCUUAGCUAGCAAGUUGGAGCUGUGGUUUUAGAACUCCCUGGUGUUGGGACCUGAGAAUUUCUAGGGAUUUUGUUGACAUUGUUUUAAACACCUGGUGGCUCUUGGAAAUUGAAUGUCAGAAGGUAUUGCCUGGACAAGGCAUAGCAUGGCUAGAGAAGGUUCUGCUCAGCUCAGAGCAUCCUUUCCUUUCCAGCAGGUACCUGGCACUUAAGGGAUGCUAGCAGCUCUGCUUCUAGGUGAGAUGACCCCUAGAAGAUGGAGAUACCACUAGUCUUGCUUGUCUAUGACUUUGCCCAGUCAAUUUUGGUCUGGUUCAGAAUUCCAGGGCUCCAACACAAAGCAGUUGGUACUAUCAGGAAGGACUCCUCCAAACCCAAACCAAGGUGUGAACCAGAUGGUCACUCCUGCCACACUCACCUGUUGUAGGCACUGUGCUGAAAAACAUGGCCACAACCAAAUAAACAUUGGUGGGGCUGGAGACUAAGAGCCUGUCUUCAGCCUAAGGGUCCUCUUGAGCUCAGUGAUUCCCACAGGAUACCCAGAGCACCUGAACUUCCAGUUCUACAUACAGAGAUAGGAUAUGUUAAGAGAUAUUUUUGGAAAGGAAUUGGUCUAUGCAAUACCAGUUUGGAACCCUCUUGAAAGACAGUUUAAUAUUUCUACUAGGGAGAUAUAAAGAUCCACAUAUUUUUAGGGUUCUUUUUGGCUACCCCUACAACUGAUCACACUGCACAGUCUGGCAGGAGGAGGAAGGCGGGUCUUCCUCUGUGGUGAGGUGACUGGGGAGGAGUAUUUGCUUUUGUUUUACUCCCUCCUUUCUAACAAUGUUACCGCUGCUCCCCAUUCCACGGGCUGUUUGUAUCUCUGUCUUGGCUUACAGUAGGAUAUAAAUGUCAUACGGGGAAAUCAGCCUAGUGUCAGUGUUUGUUGAGGGUAUUAAAUGUUGAUGUUUUUGUUA